AUGCCAUUCCAGGCUGAGAUUUCUCUCCCUUUCUUCUUCUUCCAUUUUCAAGCCGUCUCCAAUGCAUUUCUGAGAGACAGCGCCAUGACACCCACGUCUGUCACCGCGGGCGGGGGCGACAUGGAUCCGAGUCAAAUUCGGCCCCGAGUCGCCGCGCGGGUAUCUGUCGUUCUCGCUGAAGGACGUAACUGGGGGGGCCUCUGCCUAAUAACUGUACGCAUACCGUCGAAUAGUCUCAGAGCGCUCCCAGGCCGCUGGGUCGCUAGCUCUCUCCGCCCUGCAGAGUUAGCCAGGGGAGCGGGCUCGCUCGCGCGCGCUGCUGGUCAAUUCAUUUGGUAUUCCUCCGACAAACCCAAUAGAAAAAAGUGGCGGUUUGAGAUCUGCUCCAUCUACACAUUCCAGGUUCAACAGCAAACACCUUUCAAACCACCUCGAAAAAGACAUCUCUGCAUCGAUUCGAUUGUCGCUUGGAACAUCACUAACAACCAACGGGCCCGACAUUGCCACCUUUCGAGGCUCCAUCUCACCCGACUUACACCCACCGUCCACGCACCCACCCAACUCACAUUCAUCAUGGCUGCUUCAGACGUCAAGACCAUCCUCGUCCUCGGCACUGGUCCCGCCGCCAUCCCCGUGGUCCGCCAGACCAUGAUCAACGUCGUCCUCAAGCGCGACAACCUCAAGAUCAUCGUCGUCACCCCCAAUGCCAACUUCCACUGGCCCAUCGCCAUGCCGCGAGUCGUCGUCCCCGGCCAGCUCGUCGAUGACAAGGUCAUGAUCCCCCUCGCUCCCACCUUCGCCGACUACCCUCCCAGCAAGUUCGAGUUCGUCCAGGGCAAGGCUUCGUCUCUCGACCCCGCCUCGAACACCGUCGCCAUCGAGCUCAACGCCGGCGGCUUGCGCGAGAUCAACUACGAUACCCUCGUCAUCGCCACCGGUGCUCGUGCCCAAGACGGCAUGCCCUGGAAGGGUCUCACCACUGCUGAGGAGACCAAGCAGAAGCUCCACAGCCUGCAGGACCAGAUCAAGAACGCCAAGACCAUCGUCAUCGCCGGUGGCGGCAUGACUGGUGCUGAGACCGCUGGUGAGCUCGGAUUCGAGUACUCCCAACACGGCAAGAAGGAGGUUAUUCUCGUCCACACCGAGGACCUGCCCCUCGCUGCUCCCGCCACCAACAGCGUUCGCAAGGCUACCAAGUCGGAGCUCGAGCGCCUCAAGGUGAAGCUCAUCCCCAACACGACUGUUUCGAGCGUCACCGUCAAGGGCAACGACACCAUUCUCGAGCUGAAAGCCGCCGACGGCUCUACUCGUUCUAUCACGGCCCAGGCCUACCUCCCCGCCACCGGCGUCAUCCCCAACACCGAGUUCGCACCUAAGAGCAUGCUCGACUCUAGGAACUAUAUCAAGCAGACGAACUACCUCCAGGCCGAGGGCUACAAGAACAUCUUCGUCAUCGGCGACGCUGGUAGCCUCGAGACCUCCACCGCUGCGCAUGCUGAGGCGCAGUCCCGACACUUGAUCAAGGCUCUGGCGCUGUACAUCGACGGCUCUGCCGUGCCCCAGUACGAAGCCUCCGAGAAGCCCAUCUUUGCUGUCACGCUGGGUCGCAGCCGUGGAACUGGCCAGAUGGGCAACUUUAAGCUGUUCAGCUUCCUCGUCUGGUUCAUGAAGGGACGGUAUCUGGGCACCGAUUACGCGCACCUCUGGGCUGCAGGCAAGCGCACCAUGACCACGACCUUUGAGAAGUAA